AUGGAAGUCGCUCAAACACCAUUACAAUUAACUCAGGAACAUCAGGAUGGGAGGAUUACAAAAGAGAACACAUCACCCCUCCGCUGGUCUCCACCGACCUCCGCGGCUUUAGUUGCAGCAGCUCUCGCUCCACCAACCCUUAGGCCGUGGUUACCAGACCCGCCGAGUAAGAAGACCAACCACUUGGGGCUGGUGUGCGUUGUAUGCGGCGACACAAGUUCUGGCAAACACUAUGGGAUCCUCGCUUGCAACGGAUGCAGUGGUUUCUUCAAACGAUCCGUCAGGAGAAAGCUCAUUUACAGAUGUCAAGCCGGCACGGGUCGAUGUGUGGUGGACAAGGCGCAUAGAAAUCAAUGCCAAGCCUGCAGAUUAAAGAAGUGCCUAGCUAUGGGGAUGAAUAAAGAUGCGGUGCAGAACGAACGUCAGCCCAGAAACACGGCCACCAUCAGACCUGAAGCCUUGCGGGAUAUGGACCAAGAGCGAGCACUCAGGGAGGCGGCGGUCGCUGUCGGAGUCUUUGGACCGCCAGUAUCACUCGCAAUGGCGCUGUCACCCGCCCGCUACCCCCUACUGUCGCCGCACUACGCGCCGUUGCCCCCCCCACAACCGCUGCCCGAUUCAUCACACGAUCACCACGAGGAGGGGAAUACGCAUUCUGAUAGCGAUGAUGACAGCAUCGACGUCACCAAUGAAGAAGAUUCGACUUCUUAUUCACCCCCCACUAUCACCAGCUACCCUCAGAACUGCAUGCCAUAUGGUCCGCUCGGAGUAGAAAGUGCGGCGGAGACGGCGGCACGACUGUUGUUUAUGGCCGUUAAGUGGGCCAAGAACUUGCCUUCCUUCGCCAGUCUCGCUUUUAGAGACCAGGUAAUAUUACUAGAAGAAGCGUGGUCAGAGUUAUUUCUCCUGAACGCAAUACAAUGGUGCUUGCCUUUGGACGCGGCUUGUACCGCACUCUUUGGGAACGAACAAACGGAUCAAGAAAACGGCACUAGUUCGGCGACCCUGCGCCGCUUGCGCGAGGUGCUCUCGCGGUAUCGCGCCGUGCUAGUCGACCCGGCCGAGUUCGCUUGCAUGAAAGCUAUUGUACUUUUUAAAUCUGAAACCCGCGGUCUCAAAGACCCGCUCCAAAUAGAGAACUUACAGGACCAAGCGCAAGUGAUGCUGAUGUCGCAUUCGCGGACCGCGCACGCCGCCGCGCCGGCUCGCUUCGGCAGAUUGCUAUUAUUGUUGCCCCUACUUAGGAGUGUGCCCCCGGGGCAGUUGGAGCGAGAGUUCUUCGCUAGGACCAUAGGGCACACGCCGAUGGAGAAAGUGCUAGCUGAUAUGUAUAAGAAUUAG